AUGAAGACUACUAUGGCUAUUCUCACGGCAUUGGCCAUGCUUACCCCGACUGUCCUCGCUCGCUGUCAGCUCCAGAGCAACGACAACGGCGUCACUUGCCCUUCGAACAAAGGUAUUUUCUAUUGCGACCUUGGAAGCUCGCCGAAAGGGGAUUGCAAACUCAUUCCAGACACGACGAGCUGGUGCUGCUCGUAA